UAAAAGUUUAUUUAUAAAAUAAAAAAAAAAGAACUUCACAUCACUCUGCAUAGCUUUGUUUGAAUCAGAAUCAGAAGGUAGAAUAGAAACAAGAUCAAAAUGGCGAGGUACGAUCGUGCAAUCACAGUCUUCUCUCCCGACGGUCAUCUCUUCCAAGUAGAAUACGCUCUCGAAGCUGUUCGUAAAGGUAACGCCGCCGUCGGUGUUCGCGGUACCGAUAACGUUGUUCUCGGCGUCGAAAAGAAGUCCACUGCGAAACUCCAAGACUCUAGAUCGGUGAGGAAGAUUGUUAAUCUUGACAAUCACAUUGCCCUUGCCUGUGCUGGAUUAAAAGCUGAUGCACGAGUCCUUAUAAACCGUGCCCGGGUUGAAUGCCAAAGCCACAGGCUGACAGUAGAGGAUCCCUGCACCGUUGAGUAUAUUACUCGAUAUAUUGCAGGUCUUCAGCAGAAGUAUACACAGAGUGGCGGUGUCCGGCCCUUUGGCCUUUCCACCUUGAUCGUCGGCUUUGAUCCUUACACUGGCUCACCCUCUCUCUACCAAACCGACCCUUCUGGUACAUUCUCAGCAUGGAAAGCCAAUGCUACCGGAAGAAACUCUAAUUCAAUCCGUGAGUUUCUUGAAAAGAACUUCAAAGAAACAUCUGGGCAAGAGACUGUUAAAUUGGCCAUUCGGGCUUUGCUUGAGGUUGUUGAAAGUGGAGGAAAGAACAUUGAAGUUGCAGUGAUGACCAAGGAGGAUGGACUUCGUCAAUUGGAGGAAGCUGAAAUUGACGCUAUUGUUGCUGAGAUCGAAGCAGAGAAAGCAGCUGCUGAGGCUGCAAAGAAAGCUCCUCCUAAGGAUACAUGAUUCUAGCUUUUUUUCGUUUUGUAUUAUCCAAAGCAUAGGUGUUGGCUCUACUUAUUGUAAUCUAUAAUUUGCCAUCAUAUCUGAGAUUGAAACACAAAAGAGAGCUGCUGAUGCUACACAAGAACUGCUGUUUUUCUAUAUUUGUUUAGCUCGUGAAUUGUUGUUCUUGUUGAGUGUUGGACUAACUUAAAAAUGACUUAUUUUUAUUGUUUUUUGGGCUAUGUCAUGUAGUCUUUCUCA